AUGGUGGAGCAGAAUUCUACUCUCCAAGCAGAUGCUAAUAAGGCAUACAACGAGAAAAUUGCUCAGGAGAAGCGUGAGAAGCGGGCAAGAGAGAAGAAAGAGCGUGACCAAGAGCGUGCUAAGGAGGCCGAAGAAGUAGCAAAACGCAAGGCUGCCAGAGAGGUCCAAAAACACGAUAAAAACGCUGAGAAAAGUACCCAAUUGCCUAAUCAGGCUAAGCGGCAGGCCUCACGUCAAUUGCAGCCAAAAAAAACAAAAAAGCGUAGUGGUGGAGGUAGUAGUAGUCAUGCUAUUGAUGCGACGCGCUCCCUAUCACCACCACCUGUAUACAACUCCCGUGGCCGCAAAAUUGCUCCACGUAAGAAGUUUGGGUAG